UGGACACUGCAGUAGCUGAAAUGAGAAAACGGCAGCAGUCACAAAAUGAAGACACACCGGCCGUGGCUCAAGGCCCUGGAAACCAGCGACCCAACAACACGUGCUGCUUCUGCUGGUGCUGUUGCUGCAGCUGCUCUUGCCUCACUGUUAGGAAUGAAGAGAGAGGAGACAGUGCGGGGAGACCAGCCCUGACCACCAAAAUGGAUAGUGCCCAGGUUGUGGAGGAAUGCCACAACCCCACUGCCGAUGAAGUCUUGUCCUGGUCUCAAAAUUUCGACAGGAUGAUGAAGGCCCCCGCGGGAAGAAACCUCUUCAGAGAGUUCCUGCGCACCGAGUACAGCGAAGAGAACCUGCUUUUCUGGCUUGCCUGCGAAGACUUAAAGAAAGAGCAGAAUAAAAAAGUCAUUGAAGAAAAGGCCCGGAUCAUCUAUGAAGAUUACAUUUCUAUCCUGUCACCAAAGGAGGUCAGUCUCGACUCUCGGGUCCGAGAGGUGAUCAACAGAAAUCUCUUGGAUCCGAACCCUCACAUGUACGAAGAUGCUCAGCUCCAGAUUUACACCUUGAUGCACAGAGAUUCGUUUCCAAGGUUUUUGAACUCUCAGAUUUACAAGUCUCUUGUUGAAAGUACUACUGCUGACUCUGCUUCUGAAUCUUAAUUUUCACAUAACAAAAGAAAUAACAAAACCAUAUUUUGGAGGGCAGGGCUAGAAAGGGAGCGUAGUUACAUCACAGCUGACACUGAAUCCCUGGAGGAGCUACAGUAGAGCAUUCCUCAGGCUACUGUGAACACAGUCACAAUCAUUGCAGUCUUUGUCUCCAUUUUUAUCAAGGUGAUCUAUCCAUGGUUAAGCUUGGAGAAAAACACCACGUAAAACAAGUGAAUUGCCAAAUGAGUCUGUUUAGUCAACAAUUCAUUCUACUUGCAAGCAAACUGUACCUGUAGUCCUAGGAGCAGUCUCCUAGCGUUGCUGCCAGACACUGCAUGUGCACAGUAAAACUGCUUCUUCUGCCACGUAGUUGUACUAUGUAGUCCAAUGGCAUAUCUUAUAUCUCUGUAUUUAAGGACUUCUGUGCAACAUGGUCUCAUAGAAAUAAUUGCCAAAAGCUGGCCGUGGUUUGCGUUUUCAACUUAAUCUAAGACAGAAAAAGCCCCCCCCCCACUACCACCUUUUUUAAAGAACAGCCUAACAGUGGUAUUCAACAUGCUAUCUAUCCUGUGUUCUGUACACUAAUUUUGAAGCCAAUAUUUCUGUACACAAAAAAAGAGCUAUUUAUAACUGUCUGUUUGUUGAAAAAUCCUGGUGGGGAGGAGGGGGUGGGGAAGGUUCCUCUGAUUGUUCAUCACUGCCGAAACUGUGGCAGUUUCAUUACAGAAGUGUUCGCUAUGUUUAAAAAAAAAAAACAAAGACGAAAAAAAAAGCACAAAACACUUUGAAGCUAGCUUAUAUCGAUGACAAAUCAAUGAGUGGUAUUGUUUCUAAUUGUAAUAGAAAAAUAUGUAUAUAUCAGAUGUCCAAUACUGGAAUUCAUUUAUUAAAGACUGGCUCUCCAGUUC